AUGGACCAGCUGAUAGCUGCAGCGAACGCAGUUAUUCGCCAUAUGGAGAAUACCGGCCAGGAUGAGCCUAUCGUCACCCGGUUCGCCGUCACGGUCCGCCAGUUCGCCGAGCAGGCAAAGCAGAGGGUCAGCGCUCAAGGGGAGAUGGCCAAGGUGAUCUCCACUCUUGAAGCCAUUGCCGCUGACACCCAGCGCUUGAACACUAGAAUUGAUAGCCUUGAGAAGUCAGCCAGCUCAUCCAUAACUUCCACUUCGACCCUGUCGUCCACAGACCGCUGGAAAGCCUUCCGGGCGGGUGCCUGGCGCAGCACGGCAGCUUCCGCCAAUCCACCCAUCAAUCGCAGCGACGGCACGGCGUCGCCUGGUGUGAGCGAGGUCGAGCUCCGUGAAGACCGCUCUAUAACGGUUAAGGUGGACCCGACGUGCCGGGAUAAGGUGCGGCAAAUGGAGGCAAAGACGAUUGUGGACAGAGCCGAGCAGCUGCGGGAAAAGCAAGCCAGGAAGAGGAUUUCGGCUGCGCUGGCUGGAAAUGCGUACUUCUGCGCUGCCCGAGUGCUGCCGUCUGGUGACGUUUCGAUGCUGGUCAACUCUGCUGCUGGUGCAGAGCUCCUCCGUCGUCACACGGACUGGGUGAGCCUGUUUGGCCGGGCAGCACGGAUUCAGAGCCCAUCCUGGGGCGUUGUGGUCCACGGUCUGCCAAUCCGGAGCUUUAAGCUCACACCUGAAUCGAGGGCAGGCUUGGUAAGCGAAAUACAGCGGCAGAAUGCGUUGAACUGGGGUGGAAAGGCGGAAAUUGUGCAUCUUGACUGGCUCACCCGCCCGCGUGAGAACCAGCGCGAGGCGUCUGUCGUCAUGGAAUUCGACAAUCCGGCAGUUGCCAACCAGGCGAUUGAUCAGGGAUUAUACUGGAAUUCGGAGGUCCAUUCAGUCGUCUUCUUCUGCCGUGACGGCAGGGUGAAGCUGUGCCGUAAGUGCCAGAAACCCGGGCAUGUGCAAUCACACUGCCCAAAUCGAAGCUUUGUAUGCGGCCACUGCGCUGAUGAGCACCCGACCUGGGAGUGCCCGUCCGCCAGUGGCAGCCCAAUCCGUAUCAAGUGUGCUAACUGUUCCGGCCCUCACCGGCCCACGAGCCUGGAUUGUCCCGUUAAGCGGGAAGCCAAGGCAAAGGCUGAACAAAUUAGGGCUGAAUGCCCUCCAUAUCACCGUGUUCCACUGCAUCUCCGAGCUCCACGUGAGCCAGCAGCUCCAGCAGCUCCAGCGCCAGCUCCAGCGCCAGCUCCAGCGCCAGCUCCACAUCCAGCUGCCUCCAUAUUCAACUUUAUGCAACCAACCGGGCUCGGCGAGUCAGUCCACGCGCCAGCGAGUCAACAAGCGAGCCAGCAAGCAACUCAACCAGCAAGACAGCCAGCCAGCCAACUAGCCAGCCAACCACGUGCUCGCGGACGACCCAAAGGCUCCAAGAACAAGUCCAAAACCUCCACUUUCAGCGAUAAGAGCCUCCCAACUCAGCCUGAAUUAACCGAGAACGCCCUUUCCAUCACCAAGGUCGCCAGGAACUCCCGUUCGCAGCAGACCAUGCUCCAGGACCCUAUUUCCGACCCCGAGCGUCUCUUACAGCAUAAAAAGCGCCGGUUUGAAGAGCCGCAAGACGUCAUGGAUGAGGACCAGGAGCUCCGAGCUCCAUCCUCAGCCCCAGUUCCAUCUCCAGCUCGUCCAGUCCUAGCUCGUCCAAUUCAAGCCUCUCAAGCUCUUCUAUCUGAAUAUGCGGAAUUGAAGCAGAAAUUUGGAAUUCAAAGCAGCCCCGCACGCGAGCCUACACGGUUGAGACUCUUACCGCCGCAUCCACCGGUGCCAGCGCCCACAGAGGAGACCUUACCGAGCCAUGGCCUGCACUUCAGCGAUAUUAUCGACGCUGACGCAUAUCACUUCGGCAGCACGCCUCCAGAGCCGGAGCCGGAAGAUGAGUUCUUCCACGAGGCGUCAGAAUAUAGCGAACAAGACGACCACGACGAGACUAUCUCAUCUAAUGAAUAA